GCCGAUCAUGUCAUUUCGAUGAGGUGUUUCCCGCCGAUAAGUCAUAAAAAAUGGACCGGGGUAAGAAUUUACCGCCGAAGAACACAAAGUCAAAACCUCUCGGCUUUUCCGGAGAUUUUAUUGCUCUUGGACCAAAGCAAAGCAGAGCUGAAACGGUUGAUACAAAAAAAUCGGCAUCUUCUUCAGGAGGGCCGUCGAAACCAACACCGACUCCUCUUGCUUCACUGGGCCCCUCAGAUAAAAAACGUGAAGCAGUCACAACUCCAUUGUCAAGCUCAUCCCAGAUCCCAAGCAAGAAAUUGAAACCUGGUCUUACUAAUACAGGAGCAUUCACCGCUCUGGGAAGGCCUUCUUUGAAAAUAGUUGAUCCACCCAGUCCAAGUGCUGGUGGAAAUAGAUUAGAGCCAUGGGAAGAUGCUGCUAUUGAGGUUGAUGCAUCUGAUUUGUUGAAUGCAAUUGGAGAAGCUGAAAGUAAUGACGACGAAGAAAAAAUAGAAGCAAUUCUUUGUGGAUCAGUUAAGCAAUUGAAAACUUUUAGUUUGAACCAACGAAACAAAGUUGAGCCUGUUCUAGCAUUGGCCCUAGUCUAUUUGGCUAAAUGGCGAUCGCAUUACUUCAACACGGAAUUGAUUGUCGAAGCUUUGCUGGUCCUGUUGAAGCGGGAUGUUACGGCUAGCAUUGGCCCCUUCAAAGGACGAACAACUGCCGCGGCUGCAUCUCUGGCUUGCAAUUUGCUUCUAUCUGGCUUAGAAGAAUCAAUAGAAUGGCCGGAAUCUUUCUUGAAAGUUUUUGUGGAAGAUUCAGUAGGAGAACGUAUCUGGGUCGAUCGCGAAGAAUGUCAAGGAUUUGUUGAGAAUAUCCUGACGGCAUUCAAUACCAAAGUUCCUUCUAGGAACAUUCUGCAACAAGAUAGUAGCACUGCCAGUGGUCUUGGAUCUUCUGGGGCAGCUAAUUCUCCUAGUAUCAAUUCGCUUGGAGCCGUUGGUCUUGAAGAUGAGGCCAGUGUUGAUUCAGAUAACAGCCAAGGUGGACUGCUACGAGGUACAGCUCAGGUAGAUCAACAACAGGUGCGAGUUAUUCCACGUUUUAACCAUCUUAAAGACAUGGCAGAAGCGCUUGUCAUGGAAAUAGUAAACCAACAUUUAAGCAGACGGCAACAACCGGCGUCUGAUCUAACUACGAGGAACUUCCUGAAAUUCAUGGCUUCAACAGCUGGUCUACCAGCGGUGCGAGCGCAAGCUGCCCAGCGAUUAGAGAUGUGGCUCUCUAAUCAAAAACUUGUGAGACCAGCCACUGAUCUUUUGCUUUCAGUUUGCCUAAAUUGCAGCACUGAAGUUCAAACAGAUACGGAUGUUCUGAACGCUCUUCUUCGUUUGAGAUUAAAGAGUAAACCGCUGCUUCAGUCGUAUUUGACGUGUUUCAAAGAACUGGUUGAGCAACAAGCAGAACAACUUCCACUGAUUGUUCGAUUGUUGAUCUUUAACGAACUCUCUCCUUCUCGAGGACCCAAUAAUAUGGCUGUAUUAGCAGUUCUGGUCCAACCAUGGCCCGAUCGGGCCGCUACUAUUUUAGCGGACGUAUUUAUGGAACUGUUGCUCAACCGUGAUGACUACCUACGUGCUCUCAGAGCACUGUUGCGUGAAGUUGUGCGCGCCCUCCGCCACGAUUUACCUUUGGUAACCUUCUGCGCAGCUCUUCUUCAUGGAUGUAUGCAAGAGAGGCGCAAAGCUGCAGUAAGAGAAUUCGAGUUCAAGGAUCGCCUACUAAAUUCGUUGGCGGACUUGACCACAUUAUGCAUUUUCCUCACAAUUAGUCCCAGUGUGCGUGAAUCUGCAUCAAUGGUUGCUCGUGGAGAUUUAAGAGAAAUGGAGUUAUUUCGACAGUUUCAUGUCCAGGCAUCGGCUGUCCAACGUGAAUCGAUCAACUGGUUGCAAACGGCCAUUCCGUCAAUAUUUGAACCUAAUCGUGCUGACUAUAUUCACUGCCUUCGAAAGGUCUUGUUUAUGGAAACCACAGAGCACUAUUACAAUAAGGAUGGUUGGCCACCUGAAUCGGAAAGAGCUAUUAUGAUUCGACUGGCUUCCGAAAUACCUGUUAUGGAGGACACAUUGCUCCAAAUUCUAUUGAUCGGAUUGUCAAAAGAUCAUCCGUUGACCGCUCCGGAUACAUUGGAAUUGGCUGACCAGUUAUUAAGACGCUGUGCAGCUGUUCAUAACCAAGGUUUCUUGAUGCUUGAGGCAAAUAAUCAAGACAUUUUUGACAUGAUUCUUCGUCUUACUGCCUAUCACUAUCCGGAAAAUAUCGCCUUGCCACCGGGCUACACUCCGCCAAAUUUGGCCAUUAGUACGCUUUAUUGGAAGGCUUGGCUGAUGCUUUUGAUGCUCAUUGCACAUAAUCCUGGCAGCCUUGGAUCCGAGGCCUGGAACUCUUACCCAACGCUUCGUGCCUUAAUGGAAAUGUGUAUAACAAAUGAUUUCACUACCUCUUCUGGCUCUACGGAGCAGACAGAGCUGCAAAUGGCUGCUAUCGAAAAGCAAACCAUCCUGGAAUUCGAAACACAUUUGGCUGCGGCGUCUACCAAAACCGUUAUCACCGAGAAUAAUUCGUUGUUGCUCAGCCAAUUGACGUCGCUAGAUCCACGAGGCCCCACUCGUCGCCCGCCACCAGCGGUUAUUGAACAACUUCGAACUCUAAACACUACACUGCGAUUGGGUCAUCUCCUUUGUCGUAGUCGCCAACCGGACUUUUUGCUUGAAAUCCUUCAUAGGCAAGGAGCUGCGCAAUCCAAGCCUUGGUUGGCAGAAUUGGUCGAAUCCAACGAAGGCGCGUGGAAUGUUCUUCCUGUUCAGUGCCUUUGCGAAUUCCUGCUGCACGAAGCAGCUGAAGAUCUACCAACCAACGAUCUUGUAGAUGAUAGCAAGCAACAGCUGGGCAAACGCAAAGAACGUCGGCAUAAACAUCAACAGUUGGUGCAGCAUCUCAGGUUACUGUUAACUGAUCCGGAUCAACUCCCCGAAGCCUGCCGUGAAGUACUAGACUAUUUAAUGAGACGCUUGAGUGCUCAGAAAGCUCUUUCGCGUCAUCAAGCUCUUACCGCAUUGAGUGUGGUCUUGGCUGUUAAAGAAGAUGAUAUAAGCAUGAGCGAUGGGGUUUGUGCUACAGAAGGGGCGGGAGGCGAAUCCCAGUUCUCGUGGCUCGUUCAUCAUUUGCCAACUAUACCCCACUUUCAGGCCGUACGUCCUGCAGUGAUUGCCGCCCUACGCGCUGCCUUUCUGGUUGAAACGCAACCGCAAGCCGUAGCGGCGUACUUGAAAUUCUUAUCCACCUGCGCAUUGGAGGAACCAAUUCAGGAUCAAGCAGAUCUUAGUUUGGAUCUGGCGCAAGUAAUUGUAGAACGUAGCAGUUUAAUUGCAGCUCUUUUACCUUCGCCGUCAAAUAAGACACCGCAGGCUGCGAGAACGUUGGAAUGUUUGUUACAACUUUUUUGGCACUACCUCCUUAAAGCUCGAGAACCAAACAAAGGAGCGUAUACUUGGUCGGAGAAUCAAGAUCAAGUUUUAAUACAGUGGCAAACGGGCGAGGCCGCUUCACUUCACAUUCUGGUCGUCCACGCCAUGAUCAUCCUGUUGACUUAUGGAGCCCCUCAACUUGAACAACAUUCGAGCUGUUUCGAACGACUUUUAGAAAUUUGGUUUCCUGCCAGCGGUGUACAACCGCAGGCCUACUUAGUUGAAACAACUGAAGAAGCAUUUCUUUACCCCGACUGGCUUAAACUUCGUAUGAUUCGAUCACCGGUGGACGUUCUGGUAGAAACGGCUUUAAAAGAUCUGGAGCCGGCCCAGCUGAUUCUCUUCAUCCAAUCCUUUGGCAUCCCUGUAUCUUCGAUGUCGAAACUUCUGCAAACUCUCGAUAGAAUGGUGCACGAGAAUGCGUUUGCUUUCGUAGAGGUUGACAUGGACAAAGUCUACAUACAACAACUACUGCAGAUUCAAUGGGCGAGGGGAGCUCGAGGUGGAUUGCAUUUUGCUGACAUAAUGCAGUUAGUAGAUCCAGAAUCUCGCCCAGUUGUCGACAGCAAGGCUUUUAACCUGUCAUUGCGGCCUCCGUUGGAUAUUUCGUCAGUUUCUUCUAGCAUGAAUCUAACAUCGACUGGGUCAAUUGUAACUGUGGAUCACGCGUCAGCAGUUCUGCGCCAGCUGUUUGAUAUCAAAACAGUUAUUAGACUCAGCCAGCUGGAGAAAAACAAAGCCUAUCGAGUGUUAAGCAAUGCGUUAACUCUUGAAACGCGUGCCACCAGCCGGCCGUCAACAGAGGCUUGCGCUGUCGCUUUGGAUAAUCUCCUGAUGUCUGCUAGUGGAUCACGGAAUGAUUUUGAACUUUUGUUGGCAGCGCUAGAGCGUCAACCAGCCUUCUCUUGUGGCUUGCUCCGGCUUUUGACGUCAGCUGCCAACUCACCAACAGGAUGCCUGUUGCCGGUUGUUACGAAUAUUUGCCAAAAAAUAGCUCCAGUUAGCCCAGACGGACAUUCUUCAUUAAAAAGUAUCGCCCUUCAGUUUGUCAAGACUCGUGGAUUCUUACGAUCUGAAUCAACUCCGGCCGAUCUCAACACGCUUGAUCCAUCCUCGAAACGAUUGGAACGUCACUUGCAACAACUGGCCGCUCGUGCCUUGGAGACAAACGACACUCGUUCACUAGUGAAAAGCAUCGUCAGCAAUUUGAGCACAAAUGGAUCCAAGGAGAAGUCUGCAGGCCUUUUAGUCGAUUGGAUGGAAUUGUUAGAUCCUGAAAUUAUUACAGCCCAGCCUGAUCUCGAGACUCGUUUAUUGUUCGGAAAAACUUUGCAUCCGCCGUCCUGCCGCCCGUACGGUCUUGCGAUGCUAGUACAUCAGGCCAGUUGGGCCACACUACGCAAAUGCAUUCAUAAAUUGCUUAGCACCCGCGAUGGCGACAUGUUUGAACCGAAGGUUGUCCUGGAUUUUCUAUCGGCUCUGAUCAAAGUGCCCAAACUCUGGCAGGGUAGAGAUAAACACGUACCGAAACAUCAACAACCAGAAGAGCUGCUUAAUUUAAGUCAUCAACAGUUGUUCCGAUUAGCCGAGUACAUCAUGAGUGAAUUUGCUGGGCAGAGUUGCAAUGAGAACAAGAAACAUGCCCAGCACUUGCUUCAAGAACGGAGUCAAUUGCUCCUCUCCUGUUGCGGUGGCUCUUCGAAAGUGGAAGUGUUGUUGGCCCGUGAUGUGGCAAAUCUGGCGUGCAGCGCAGUGAAGAGUGAGCGGCAGAUAGCUGCUCAGCAAUUGUUGCUGCAGCUUUACGUUCGAGCUCCUCAUAUUAUAACGCGAUUACCCAAGACGUCGUUUGCCGAGUUUGAUGGCAACAAAACUUUGUUGUCAGCGGUGCCGUGCGCUAUUGAUUCGAUGGCGCUGACGCUCAUAUCGUCCCUUACGUCUCCGCAACCGGGUAAAGACGGCGCCAGAAAAAUGGCCGACUACGAGUCCGCUCUGCGCAAAAUGGCAGCCACUCAUCCACUUUUACUAUUGAGACAGUUCUCUUGCCUGGCGGCCGCCCUUCGAGGACGUUCUCACUUGGACGUGUUUGUUUUGCGUUCUCGGAAUUAUCUGAAUGUGUUUUCGUGCGUCCUUGGCAUCGCUCAGCAACUGAGCGCUAACCUGUUCACCCCCGACCAUCGCGAAGCCCUCGAGGACAUGCUGAACUCAUUCUGGUGCCUAUUUGGCAACCAACGCGCAGUGAAAGAGUCGAUUGGCCCAUUACUUCAGAAAUUCCUACAGUUUUUACUGGACUUCGUGGCGACAGCCCCUUUCGCCGCAUCGCACUGCCUGCAACAGCAUGUGCCUUUAUUGCACGAUCUCCAGGUGACCCAUCCGGAGAUGACGGCUAUAAAGGAACUCUUGUCGGCCUUAUCGCGUCCUCGGCCCACCGAUAACGAAGAGGACCGCCAGCCGACGAUGGUCCCAGCGCGCACCAGCAUCCGACUGGGCCCCAUUCUGGCCAGAUUGCGCCAAUCUGAUAAUUACGAAGAGGUGGUGGCUGUACUUCAAGACCUGGAGAACGUCUGCGGUCGAGUGGUUUGCGCUCCGCUAGAAGGAGCUAUUGCGGACCUGCGCCCACUCAUGUCGUCGUCCAACCAAACAGUCCGCAACAUGACGUACAUGCUCAUUUUACGCUACCUGAAGGAAAAUCCGAAUGCGUCCGCUGAUUUAUUACCGGAUUAUCUGGACUGUCUGGAUAAUCGGAAUGCCGCUGUCGUCACAACAGCCCUGGAACGCUUGCCCGAUUUCCUACUACUUUGUCAGGAAAACGGGGACGUCUUGAUUCAGAAAACGUUCAACCUCGCAGUCGAAAGUGGAUACAACACUCUAACCAACCUGAGUGAAGCGGUUAUGCUCCUGCAACAUCAAACGGGCACAUAAUAUUUGUAGUGAAACCGGUUACAAUUUAUGGAAAGAAAUUCAACGUCAUCAACGAUGUAUUUACACACAUUCCGCUAUACGUAGAACAUGGAUAAUGGGAAUUAAUCAAGAGAAGAUUUCUACGAAAUAACAUGAAGCGCACGUUGUUUUGAAAAAAA